GAGUUCACAGUUUUUUUCUGAGCACACACUCCCUUAUACACUUUGGUUUUCAUUUCUUAUCCAUGGCUGCCAAUCUUCCAUCCUACAAAACUCCCUUCUACUUCUUCUAUUCUUCUACUCCCAACCUUAACUUACCAAGAUUUCCCUUCUUCCGAAACCCUAAUCUCAUCGCACCCUUUUCGCUGAAACUCGCGCUUUCAAGCUCCAAUACUAGAAGUCGCCAUGGAUAUUUUUCACUUUGUUACAACAAUAAAUCAACUUCCGAUAUGGAAACCGCUUUGUUGCACGAGGAGAUUGAAAGGACUCCAUUUGAUAUUAAUCGUGCGGUCGUUCUUGCCGGAUUUGCAUUUGAAGCCUAUACAACCCCUACUGAAAAUAUUGGAAAGAGCGAGGUGGAUGCCGCUGGUUGUCAGACUGUGAUUCUUUCAGAGUCAUUUCUUCGUGAGAUUUAUGAUGGCCAGUUAUUUGUAAAGCUUAAGAAUGGUUAUGAAUUUCCUGCCAUGGAUCCAUGGUUUCUUCUUUCAGGGAACAAGUGAUCCAUAUGUGGUGUUGCAAUUGGAUAGUCAGAUCGUUAAAAGCAAUGUUAAAUGGGGGACAAAGGAACCAACUUGGAAUGAGGAACUCACUUUAUACAUCAAGAAUCCGCCAACGAAUGAUCUUCAGGUUGCAGCUUGGGAUGCGAAUCUUGUGACCCCUCAUAAACGUAUGGGAAAUUCCAGUGUCAAUUUGGAGUCCAUCUGUGAUGGAAAUUCACAUGAGGUGCUAGUUGAAUUGGAGGGGAUGGGAGGUGGUGGAAAGGUACAGCUAGAGGUUAAAUUUAAGAGCUUUGAUACAAUCGAGGAAGAAAAGAAUUGGAGGAUACCCUUUUUACCAGAAUUUCUUCGAAAUAAUGGUUUUGAAUCUACGUUGAGAAAAGUUGUUGGCUCAGAACCUAUACAAGCACGCCAGUUUGUUGAGUAUGCUUUUGGGCAGUUAAAGUCUAUAAAUGAUGCAUACAUCCAGAGGGAUGGAUCUUCAGAUGAUGACAAGUAUGCUGGAGAAGAUUCCAGGAUAUCUAGUAAUUUGAACACUCAGUCAGACAUAGUACAGACAUACCAAGGUCCAGAAGAUUCUUUAAAAUAUGAAAGCAACCAAAAAGAUGAGAUGAAUGUUGAUACCAUUGUGACUCAAAUGGAUGUGAGUUCACAAUCUGACAAAGAUUUUUGGAAGACUUUUGCUGAUACCGUUAAUCAGAAUGUUGUUAAGCAACUCGGUCUCCCUGCUCCUGAAAAGAUUAAAUGGGAAGGAUUUGAUUUAUUGAGCAGAGUAGGACUUCUUUCACAAAGCAUUGCAGAAGCAGGUUAUAUAGAAGCCGGGCUUGCAACUCCAAGUGGCCAAGAUGCUCUUAAUGAUGAUGAAACGACCGAUACUUCAACUAAUAGCACUGUUCAGUCAUCAUUUCCUGAUAUUAAGAAGGUCACACAAGAUUUGUUGAGGCAAACUGAUUCUCUCUUGGGAACUUUGAUGGUUCUGAAUGCUACAGUUUCUGAGCUAACCAAGGAUGGUGGUCUUUUAGCAAAGAGUGAUACCAAAGAGGAUGUUACCAAGGAGGAAAAGCAUGCUCCUGAAUGUCUUAAAAGUGAGAAGUCUGAAAGCUCAUAUGGUGAACCAGUCUUGGAUGAAAGAAAAGCCGAGGAGAUGAGAGCUCUCUUUUCAACUGCUGAGAGUGCGAUGGAGGCUUGGGCGAUGUUAGCAACUUCAUUGGGCCACCCAAGUUUUAUCAAGUCGGAGUUUGAGAAGAUAUGUUUCUUGGAUAACUCAAUCACCGAUACACAGGUGGCAAUUUGGCGUGAUUCGGCACGGAAAAGAUUAGUUGUUGCCUUCAGGGGAACAGAACAAGUUAGAUGGAAGGACUUGCGAACUGAUUUAAUGCUGGCUCCUGCCGGGCUAAACCCUGAGAGAAUCGGUGGUGAUUUUAAGGAAGAAGUUCAGGUUCACUCAGGGUUUUUAAGUGCAUAUGACUCGGUCAGGACAAGGAUCAUCUCUCUCAUUAAAGCAGCUACUGGGUAUCAAGACGAUGGUGCUGAUCAGGCAUCCAAAUGGCAUGUUUAUGUGACAGGUCAUAGUUUAGGCGGUGCACUGGCAACCUUGCUUGCUCUUGAACUAUCGUCCAGUCAAUUAGCAAAGAGUGGGGCUAUUUCUGUAACUAUGUACAACUUUGGAUCUCCAAGAGUUGGAAACAAAAAUUUUGCUGAAGUCUAUAAUGAGAAAGUUAAAGACAGCUGGAGAGUUGUGAAUCACAGAGAUAUUAUUCCUUCUAUCCCUCGUUUGAUGGGUUAUUGCCAUGUAGCCCAUCCUAUAUAUCUAGCAGCUGGAGAUGCAGAAAAUACCUUGGAAAACAUAGAGCUCUUAGGAGAUGGUUAUGAAGGUGAUGUUAUUGGGGAAUCCACCCCUGAUGCUCUUGUCAAUGAAUUUAUGAAAGGUGAGAAAGAACUCAUUGAGAAAAUCUUGAACACGGAAAUAAACAUUUUCCGCUCAAUCAGAGAUGGAACAGCUCUUAUGCAGCAUAUGGAGGAUUUUUAUUACGUGUCUCUGCUGGAGAAUGUCAGAUCAAAUUACCAAACUGUUGUGAAAACAAAGUCUGGUGACGGAAGUAGCUCAUCAGUUAGAGAAGUAUGAUAAACAUAACAGUGUCUGAAGUUCACUCUCCAGAUGGUUAUGGUAUUUUCAUCAUGCAGUACAUGGCAAAAUGCUUGUAGAUAAUAUACUUCAUGUAUUCAGAUUUGUGGUUGCCUUCAUUCAACAAACACAUAUGCUUCAAAAUUUUACUCUAUGAUUACAUUUACAUCUACGAUUAUCAAAUAUCUGAAAUUUAAUC